ACGCACACGCACUCUCUCAUCUUCUUCUUAUGAUUUUCAACUUAUUACAAAAACAAAGAGAGAAAGAAAAGAAAAAAAAAAACUUCCAAGUUUCAGUCUCAGGUGGUUCACAGUUAAUGCUACGCGGGAAUGGUGAAUCUAUCCCAAUUUCGAUAACCUCUACUGAGGCAUCCAAAUGUUGAAGGGAGAGGAAGAACCUACACAGAAGAGAGGUUGGUCAGAUUCGCUGCUAGACUUUCGGUCAGAGUUUGGGAAAAAGAUGAAAUUUGUGUCAAAGAAACGCUGGAAGUCUCUUGGACCUCUUCAUCUGAAAAACAAAUCAGUUGCUCGGUUUUGCUUCUUCUCGAAACUGAAGUCAAACAACCAUGGUCCAGGCCGUGCACCAGUCUAUCUCAAUGUUUAUGACUUGACUCCUAUUAACGGAUAUAUCUAUUGGGCAGGCCUUGGUAUAUUUCACUCUGGUGUAGAAGUUCAUGGAGUAGAGUAUGCUUUUGGUGCCCAUGAUUAUGCCACAAGUGGUGUUUUUGAGGUUGAACCAAGACAAUGCCCGGGUUUCAAAUUCAAGAAAUCAAUAUUCAUUGGAACCACAAAUUUAAACCCAGCACAAGUGAGAGAGUUUAUGGAGGACAUGGCUUGCAGUUACUAUGGGAACAUGUAUCACUUGAUUGCUAAGAACUGCAACCAUUUCUGCCAAGACGUUUGCUACAAGCUUACUGGCAAAAAGAUCCCAAAAUGGGUGAAUCGGCUUGCACAAAUAGGUUCUGUGUGCAGCUGCAUACUUCCCGAGUCUCUCAAGAUAACAGCGGUUUGCCAUGAUCCAGACGGUCAAAUCCCAGAGGAAGAAAACGAAAAGCGAAGUCUUAGAAGUUCAUUCAGCUGUCUGUCUUCAAUCUCCAUGAGACAAAAACAGCUUUCGACAUCGUCAUUGUUCCUACAAUCACCUCUCAGAGGCUGCUUACCUCCAUGGCAACUCAAACGCUCGAAAUCUAACAGCAGUUCCUUGAAAGAAAGGUGCUUUUAUACGCCCACUCUUCUACUACUCUCUGUUUGUAUUGCUUCCAAAUUUGGAUAUUUUCUGAUUUAA